UUGUUAUGCUUAUUAAGCCUGUCUCAUUUUUUAUGCAAUAUCUCUAAGCUGGGGUAAAGCUAUCAAUUGCUUAAGAUACAGUUAUUGUUUUAAAUUGUCUGUCAAUUUUAAUCUUAGUGAUUUAAAUCCUGGAUUAACAUACAAACAAUGGAUAACCAAACCUACUUCGUGAUUUACACCCUGAUGGAUCCAAGAAACUUAAAAUCAUACAGGCAUUUAUAUUUCACAUGCUUUUUCAUUCUCUAUGUCCUGAUAUUGUUUCUGAACAUUUGGCUCACUGCUGUUAUUGUUAUGGAGAGAGCCCUUCAUGAACCAAUGUAUAUUUUUCUAUGCAAUCUGUGUUUAAAUGGAAUAUAUGGAGCUACAGGAUUCUAUCCUAAAUUUCUACACAAUUUAAUAUCGGAUUCAUAUGUGAUCCCUUCUUACAUGUGUGCCUUACAAGCUUUUGUGAUUUACAGUUCAGUUGAAUGUGAAUAUUGUACAUUAGCAGUGAUGGCUUAUGACAGACAUGUGGCUAUAUGCAGACCUUUAGACUAUCAUUCAAAGCUGAACAAGUCUUCUUGUGUCCUUUUAUUUGUCUUCUGUUGGUCUAUACCAUUAAUUACAGUGGCUAUUAAUAUUUCAUUAUCAAAUAGGUUGUCAUUAUGUAAAUAUCAUAUUGAUAAACUGUAUUGUGACAACUGGUCAAUGGUAAAGCUCUCAUGUGAAUCAACUGUCACCAAUAACAUAUAUGGAUCUCUGGUUACUGUAUUUAUGUUUGGCCUUUUUGUUUUCAUUAUAGUUUCAUAUAUUAAACUUGUGAUUGCAUGUAAAUCAUCAUUAGAGUGCAGAAGGAAGUUUUGGCAGACCUGUGUACCUCAUAUAUUUGCAUUGAUAAGUUUGUCUUUUGCAGUGUCUUUUGAUCUAAUGUACACCAAGUAUGGCUCAAGCGAUUUCCCAGAGGAUCUGCGUCAUUUCUUGGCUUUAGAGAUCACUAUAGUGCCACCUAUUUUAAAUCCUAUUAUCUAUGGUUUAAAACUUAAAGAGAUUCGUAAAAGACUUUUAAAACCAUUUUAUAAAAUCACUAAAAUAUCAGGAUAAAGAAGUUUUAACGUGUUUGCUGUACUGUAUUCCAUAAAACUAUAACAUUCAUUUUUUUAACACAUUUCAUUGUCAAUCAUGUGCAGUAAAUGCUAUUUAUGUGUUUAAUGUGUGUAUGCU